UCGUAACAUUUGAACACCUGUGCCGCUCUCAUACUGAUUAAAAUCUAUAUUAGAAAUUAAGCUCUCGGUGUAAUUUUACAUGUGUAUUACCUAUUUAUUUAUUUAUUACAUGUUUCUACAUGUACUGUGUUAUUGUUGAGCACGUAAGUUGUUGUAUAAAAUAAAUAUUUUGGAACGAAAUGUGUUUAGUGAUUGUCGUUUAUUGAGACGAUGAAGUCCAAUGAAUCCUGUAGGAGGUAUUUAGAGAUAUGGUGGAAUGGAAUAAAGAGUUUGCCGGAGACGACGUCCAUUCAUGGUUUUAGAUUCAUUGCUGAUACGCAAAGACAUUGGGUGGAAAGAAUAUUCUGGUUGGUGGCCGUAGCGCUAUCUUGGUACGGGUCAUCCCUGUUGAUUGCAGCCCAGUAUGAUGCUUUCCAGAACAAUCCAAUCUCCUUCGUGGUGGAGACCACUUACAAAGAUUGGAACACAGAGUUCCCAACAGUAGUGGUUUGUGAAAACGACAACUCGAACCGUGUAGAAGAAAUAUCUGAUAAGCUAUGGGGAGAAGACCACGAUUUCAAUAUGGAAGAAGUGUUAAAAGAACUAGCUUUUUUCAAAGGAAUAACUUACUAUACUUCGGAGUUUUGCAACUUGGUGGACCCUUUACCAGAUUGUAUGCAGACGAAUUUGACGUAUUACGCUAAUUUGGUGAGGAGCACCUGUGAAGAGACAUUAGCAAACUGCUCAUGGAAUGGGGAGCCUUUCGAAUGCUGUGAGUACUUCAGACCGAUGGACACGGAGCUCGGAACUUGUUAUGCUAUUAAUACUCUACAGGGAAGAGAGAAGAAUGCCCCUAAACUAGAUAUGACGAGUAACCGCACAACAGGUCCAGGAGCUAUCAGAUUCGACGUGAUGGUGACAGCAAACAUUUACAUUCUGAAUGAGGAAGAGGUGCCCACACUUACUACUAUAGGUUCAGAUGUUCUCACAGUUGGACAAGAGAUAUUUCAUAAGCGUUAUAUAACCAUACGUAACAUAGAAAAUGACGCUGGGGCUAGAUUGAUAUCGCCGGAGAAGAGGAAAUGUCGCUAUACAGAUGAGAACUUUUUGCAAGUGUACCAUCACUAUUCGUACACUGCUUGUACCGUGCAGUGUAGGAAAGACGCUCAGCUAAAGCUUUGUAACUGUACGAAUUACUUCAUGCCGAAUGUUCCAGAACAUUUGCGGUGUAACGUGAGCGGUAUCAUCUGUUUGAACAGUCACGUCCAUGAACUUUCGGUUCUAAAAGCCAGCUGGUCAUCUCGUCCUGGUUUAUCCUGCAACUGUCUCCCGUCCUGCACGGAGGCGGAGAUUUCCAUCACGAAGGAUUUCAAGUUCGUCACCACGGACAGUUACGCGAGCGUUCAGAUUGAACUGGCAGUUCUACCCAGCGAACGGUACAGGAGGAACGUGGUCCGUGGGGUCUUGGAUUUAGUAGUAUCAACAGGCGGUACUGGUGGUUUAUUCCUUGGAGCCAGCAUUCUUAGCUUCGUGGAACUGUUCUACAUAUUGCUUAUCCGACCAUUCUGCGACAUUUACACGCAACGAGAUGACGACCCCUGGCAUCGAAGGUUUGGUCUGCGACGCCUUCAGGAUAAUAACUUUGUUCCGAAUUGGGGCUGGACUUAUAAUGGGAAGGCUGGAGACAAAGAUACGUCUAAAGUAGAGGAACGAAUACGAUAA